AUGCCUCCCGAUAUCUACGCCGCUUGUGCCGCCGCCUGCAUUGCAGCUGUCCUUGUGUAUUUACCUGUACUUCCCGCAGUCAAACUUGCAGCGGUAUUCGUUGCUGCCAACGUGUUCUCUCGUACCGCCAUGUUUCAAAACUGGGUGCGUAGAGCUGCCGGGGCCCUCGAUACCACCGUGGCCGCCGCGAGAAACGAACGACUCGUUCGAAAUAUUGUACCUGGAACCAAAUCCGAGGGUAAUGAUUCCCGGUUCAUGCAGCUUCGAGAUGCGGGUCGCUUAGAAGUGUUAACUGCAAUUCGCCUGCUUGAAGCAUAUGCAGCCAAUUGUAAACGCACCAGUGCUCGGCGUCACCGACUUUUCAAAAUGAUGUCAUGGCGGCAACAGAAGCUAUGCACAGAAGUCGGAUAUCUUGACAAGUUGGCCGAGAUGGACCGCCGAGUUGGCGAUAAUCAAAAGUUUCUAUCGGCAAUUGCAAAACAUGCAAUUGAUCAUUAUGGCAUUAAGUAUCGUGAUUUUGAUCUUUUACGAAAUCAUGAAGACGAGGCAAAGAAUUCAUCUUCGAACUAUCGUGUUAUAGAAGCACUUACGCAUUUUUCUCGGGAUUGGGAUGCAGAUGCACAAGAAAUCGAGCCACUCUUAAAUUAUAUAAAACUGCAUUUGUCGCAAUUUGUUCGUGAAAAUGAACUCCGUGAUACUUGUAUAAUAGUGCCUGGUUCGGGCCUUGGACGCAUAGCGCAUGAGAUUGCAUCAUCUGCGCCGUAUGCGGCAGUUCAUGCAGUGGAGUUUAGUGGUCUUAUGCAUAUUUGCAACCAAUUCAUGUACUCGCAGGAAGGUGCAUAUGUCACCUACCCUUAUGUGCAUAAUUGUUCCAAUUUUACUUCCAUGGCCAACCAGUUUCGUACUUCAAAGAUUACGACUCACAAAAAGCCAGAAAGCCUUCAUUUGCAUCAGGAAGACUUUCGCUACUUUAAACCAAACUCGUAUAAAAACGUGGUUGUGGUAACGGCAUUUUUCAUGGACACGGCAGAAAACUUGAUUGACUAUAUGGAUACUAUCAAUGAGUUGACUCGCGGCCAGAAUGGGGUCAAAAAUGGCUACUGGAUCAAUGUGGGUCCUCUCAAGUACGGAACAGCUGCUCGGGUGGAACUCAAUGCCGAAGAAUUUGCCCAUUUACGAAAAAGAAUGGGCUGGCAAGAUAUUGAUAAUCGUAUUAGUUUGGAUGAAAACCAAUUGGUUGGGUAUACUACUGACAAAGAAAGCUUGUGGCAGGGGUACUAUGGGCUUGCGAUGUGGGCGAGCAAAAGGAAGUUGAGUGAAAAGGAAGUUGAGUGA